AUGAUGAAAACAGAUGCUUUUGUAUUUGCAGCUCUGCUACCUGAAGACGAAGUCGACGAAAUGCUCUAUGGUUUCCGUCAACUCAAUCCGUCCGUACUGCUCUCAGUGCCGACCUCACUCAAUUCGCUUUCCGACACUGUUGCCGAUAACACUGUCGCCGACUCUACCUCAUGUUUUGACCUCAAGCCGCCUAAGCCUCCUGCACCGCUCAACGAAGACACUCCGAUGUUACCGGAUCCAUUCCAAACAAUUUUUCUCGAACUGUUAAACAAUCAACACGCUCCUCUCCCUAUUAAACCGUCUCCUAUACGCAAAAACCAUAACUCACUAUCAGUCGAACGAUUCGGAAGUCGAGUAGAAUGCGCGAUGUGCAAAGCGCCAGUGGAGAGCAAGCGAACAAUGCUUGUCGGUCAUGCCAAAUCUCACUGUCCUCAAAGACAAUGGCAAUGUCCCCAUUGUGAAACGACCGCUGCGUUUCAUUCGAAACUGAAGCUGCAUGUUCAAAACGCCCACAAGAGCGACGCGGAACCUAUGGACAUGUACUCAGCCGAAUUGGAGAACAAAUGGCUGGAGCUGUUCCGGCAAUGUUUUCCGCAGUUCGCUCAGCAGUGUUACGUCGAAGACUGGAAAUUCCGCUCAAAACAACAGCAGCAUUUGCAUAGCAUCUCAGUUGACGAAUGGAAUACCCGAGGU